AGCCGCAGCCUCCGCCGGGCCGGCCGGGGCGGAGCGGGGCGAUGCGCGGGCAGCGCCGGCUUUAGGGACAGCUCCCCCGCCCGCCGCCAUGAGCGGCCCCUCCAGCCCCAGCUCCUCUCCGCCCGGGCCGCCCCUCGGGCCGGACCUGCUGCGCUGCCCCUGCUGCCGCCUGCUCCUCUGGGAGCCGGUGACCGCGUCCUGCGGUCACUCCUUCUGCAAGCCGUGCCUCGGCGGGUCCCGCUGCCCGCUGUGCCAGGAGCGGCUGGAGCUGCCGGGCAGCGGGGCGGCGCGGUGCAGCGUGGUGCUGUGCGGGGUGCUGGAGCGCUGCGUGCCGCGGGAGCGGCGGCUGGCCGGGCUGGCCGAGCGCCUCCGGGACCGCCUCGCCCGCGGGGACGCGCGGGAGGCGCUGCGGAUGGCGCAGAGAGGGGUCGAGCUGGCCCUGGACUGCAGCUCCCUGCGGCUGUGCCGGGCAGAGGCCUUGGUGGCCCUGGGGCAGUACCCACAGGCACUGGAGGACCUGGAUGCUGUGUGCAGGGCUGAGCCUGGAGAGCACGAGGCCUUCUUCAGGAAAGGGAAGGUGCUCCUGGAGAUGGGGCGGAGAGCUGAAGCCCUGCUGGCGUGGGAGCACUGCCUGACACUCAGUCCCCAUUUCCAGCAGGCCCGGAGAGAGAUGGAGAAGAUCAUCAUGGAAGCUGAUGCUCCUCAGCCAUGCAUGGCUGCACACCUGGGUGAUGCUCACCUGAGCUCAGCUGCUUCCCAGGCUGAUGGAGGGAGCCCAGUGCUCCCAUCUUCCACACAAGCUCAGGAUCAGGAGGGAGAGCUGGCAGAUGGCCGAGGGGGUGCUGGGUCUGAGCACAGGCAGGACACAGCCGUCCUUUCCCAGCCAGGACAACAGCCAGAACCGGAGACUUCAGCAGAGACUCAGGGCCAGGGCUUGUUGGAUAACAAGGAGGAAACAGCAGCAGCAAAGUGUACCCAACCAUGCCUUGGAGAGUCACUGAGCGUAUCUGACUUGGAGUGCUCCCUCUGCAUACGGAUGUUCUUCGAGCCGGUGACGACGCCCUGUGGCCACACCUUCUGCAAGGAGUGCCUGGAACGCUGCCUGGACCACCGGCCCAACUGCCCCCUCUGCAAACAGAGCCUGAGAGAGUACCUGAAGGCCGGGAGGUACAGCCCCACAGUGCUGCUGCAGGACAUCAUGCUGGCCACCUUCCCCACACAGCUGGCUGAGCGCCGGGAGCUGCACCGGGCGGAGAUGGCAGAGCUCUCCAACCUGACCAAGAACAUCCCCAUCUUUGUGUGCACAAUGUCCUUCCCUGGCAUCCCCUGCCCUCUGCACGUCUUUGAGCCUCGGUACCGCCUGAUGAUCCGGCGGUGCCAGGAGAGCGGCACCAGGAGGUUUGGCAUGUGCACAUAUGAGAACGGGAAAAGCUUUGCUGACUACGGCUGCAUGCUGGAGAUCCGUCAGGUGGAGCUGCUGGCCGACGGGAGGUCCCUGGUGGACACCAUCGGCCGGCAGCGGUUCCGGGUGCUGAGCCGCGGGCACAGGGACGGCUACCACACUGCUGACAUCGAGUACCUGGAGGACAAGAAGGUGUCCGGGGAGGAGCUGCAGGAGCUGCAGUGCCUGCACGAGAGCACCUAUCGCCUGGCCCAGCGGUUCUGCGAGCACGGAGACCUCACCUCCAGGCACAUUCUGAUGCAGCAUGGACCACUGCCAGAGAAGGAAGAGGACAUCCAGGCUUCGGCAGACGGCCCGACGUGGUGCUGGUGGCUCAUCUCCAUCCUGCCCCUGGACCCAUCCUACCAGCUGAACCUGUUCUCCUGCACCUCUCUGCGCGCCCGCCUGUCGCAGCUGCAGCGCAUCCUCACGGCCCUGCUGCAGCAGCCCCCACCCCGCCACCUCCUGCCCCAGCGCAGCCCCCGGGGCCGUGUCUGAGCCAGCCCUGCCCUCCCUGCGACCCACUCCACCCUCGCCAUUCUCUGUGUGCUCCUCCACGGUCUGCGUGUGGUUUGAGCCCCCCGUGCAUCCCCCAAAAAAGUGACCUGGGCGAUGAGCUGGGCGCGCUCUGCCCAGCUGCGCCCGCAGCGACACUGUGCCGUCCGUGCCACCCCGGGAGCUGCUCGGUGCCACUGCUGUGCCACCAGAGGGAUACUGGAUCCCUCGGAGGGAUUCUGGGCUGCACAGCUGGGUUGUGUCUCCAGAGCCAGGAUCGCUCGCUGAGCAGCUUCUGCACUGAGGAGGAUUCUCCUUAGGGAGAGGACUGAGGGCAGGGAUUGCCUCGGUUUUGGUUUUCCACUUUGAAGGACAGCUUAUUGGGUUUGGUAGAUGAUCCUGAUUCACACAGGAAAUUUAGAGGUGGCACUGGGAAGCAAAGUUCCAAAGGCUUUCCCCAGCCUUGGGAGCUGACGGCUCUGCCACUGCUGCCAGCUUUGACUCAGCUUGUGUUUGAACAAGAAGACAGGUUAAAUUAAACAAUCUGAAACUCAUGGCCUUGCUCCCAACCACCUCCAUGGCCACAUGGUGAGGAGAUGGUUUUCUUUGAAAGCUCUCAGGUCCAGACACCCCCUUCCCACUGCCCUGCUCGGUGCUGUGCUUGCCAGACCCUUCCCUGGGACCCUGCCAGCCACUCCCCUCACUGCCAGCUCCAAUGCUGUGAAGUGCCCUGGGAGGGGGGAUUCUGUCAGCUUUGGUGCUUUUCCCCUCCCCAAAGGCUGCUGUUCCCGACCCUGGCUGGGUUCAGGUUACAGGGUUGGUCUGGGGGCUGGGAGGAGCUGAUAGCACAAGGGAGUUAAGUCUGGAAGUUUUGUUGUGAGACUUUCUGCUCCUUCACUAAUGAAAUUUUCCCCUGUUCUGUAUUUCUUGUGAACUUUCUGCCUCCUCAGGGGAAAAUCAGGAUCUCAGCCGAGGCUGGACCCUUGCACUUGGGACCCAGAAUAGUUCAGGAUCCCCCAAAAGAGCACAGAGAAGUCAAAGGGAUCCAAAUCUCUGGAGAGGCAGGGUGGGGGUAGAAUCAGUGACCCAGGCCAUGAGCCACAUGUCAGGGGAGCAAGUGCUUGGCUGCUGCUUGUUUCUAGACACAAGGCAAAGACUCUCUAGACAGACCAGGAGAAAUCCUGAAGAUCUGGGACUUUUGUCUUUCAUCCAUAAUUUCAGUGGCUUUGGGUUCAAUUGUAGGAGUGACAUCCACUUAGUUGUUGGAUUAACAUUGCUUCUGGAAUUUUAUCCCUGCAUUUCUCAAAGGCAGCACACCCCCUCAGCUGUUGGAUGUGUGUGUGGGAGAGAAAAUCAGGGCACUUAUCCUUACUGCAGGUGUGAGCCUGGGUGGGCAUAGCUCCAGAGAGUUCCCUGCUCAGGGCCACCACCUUUCCCUGUCCUUCUGUCUCCAGGAGUGAGAAGUCCCUGUCCCUCCUCUCCAUCAAAGUGCCUCCCUGGAGCAGCAGCCAGGAGCAGAGGGCUCCCCAGGAACCUCUGUGAGCACAGGGCAGCUGAGGACAGCUCAGAGCUGGAUUUGCUCCUCUACCUUUGAGCCGUGGUGCUGGCCCAGGAGCACCAGGACUCCCAAGGAGCCGUAUCCCUGGGAUGUCAGACUGGCAAGGGCUGGGGUGGGUGAUGAAGGGAUGCUUUGCAGUCCCAGGGCAGGUGGCAGGAUGACACUGAAGUUUGGGAAGUGCCUUUCUUUUCCCCAGGCUCAGUGUGGGCUCACCCUGUGCCAUCCCCACCCCAAGCCACUCACCUGCCCCCCCAGCUGCCGUUUCCCCAGGGUUGGGAGGUCCCUGUGGCAGGGGGGUGAUGCAGGGAGAAGUGUGGCUCUGUCACACUGGGGAGGAGCCAGGGACCAGAGCCACCUCUGCCUGGCUGCUUUGGGAAGGGAUCAGUGCAAAUCGCUCCAGUUUGCUUGGAGCACCUUUGUGGUUUUUAUUACUGUCUUUGCUCUUGGAAUUACAUUUUCUUUCAGGUCAUUGAAAUAAAGACAUUUGUUGUUGUUA